AUGGGUCACAGACACCUUGGUGGUAUAUAUUUAUGUGUUGGAGUUGAAAACAACACUGACUUCUGCCAGGAUCUGUUGCUGAAAAAGGUUUUGGACUUGGCCAUAAUGGCGACGUCUUUGGAGGAGCUUCUUGCUGAAGAAGGGUUUAGAGGAAGGAGGUCAAAGACAAUGGCCAGAGCUUCGGCAGUAAGUAUGCCACUCUACCCUUUUCGAGAUGAACAUAAAGCUGGUUCUCCAUCAGGUGUUAAAAGGACAGAGAGGACAAGAUCUGAUAUCCAUUGGUAUGAUUUGCCUCCCAAAUUGCAAACAAGUGAUACACUUAAUGCCAGGAGACCAAGGGAUAAUCUUAGUAGAAGGGAGAAAUCAGACAGAGGAUCAAAGAAUGGUAUGAGGGAGAAACUUGAGAGAAAAAGUUCUAGCAUUGAUUCAUUGGAAGAUUUUAGCGGGAGUAAUAUCAUUGAGUCUGCACAAAGUAAUGAAAUAGUUGAGGUUGCAGUGAAAGAAUAUGGGAGAUAUAAAGAUAUAUAUUCGAAUGAAGUGUACAGCUAUGAGAGAAGCGAGGAUACAUAUAUUAGUGCAAAUGAGGAAAGGGGGAGGCACAGAGCAGUUCCUGGGAAGGAUAUGCAGGUAGAGAAGAGGCAUGGCACCAAUUCUAAGAAAAAUCUCCCUGAGCGUACGAGUUUCAAUGGUAAUCAGGAUAAAAGUAUGAAUCAGCGUGAGACCGCCUACACAACCUCAAAGAGAAGUUCAAAGAACAACAAAAGCUUUGGUGAAAGUAAAAGUCGGAGGCAAGUGGAUAUUGAAAAGACCUUAGCUGAACCUGCUCUACAUGAAGUUGCUGUCCAAGCCAUUAUAUCUAUCCUGUGUGGAUAUGUGAAAUGUUUUCUUAAGGAUGAGGAUUUUAGGACGUCACUUCAUCACAAUAGUUCUGCUUCUCUAGACUUUUCUGGAUUGGAAGAAGGCCUUAAUACUGAAAGCAAAGUCAUAGCCAAUCUUGAACAAGCUAUAGAAACAGUUGAAAGAGCUGCUGAGGAGCGUACAAGUGCAAAAGAGUUGAAAAAAGCAUCAUUGCAGCUUAGUGUGAUUACAGGUCUCAAUUCUAAUGAAUUAAAAUAUGGAUUUACGCAUGGGAUUCCCAAUUUUAAGUUGUCAGCUUGUGCUCAUCUCUAUCUCAGUGUGAUAUAUAAACUACAGAAAAAAGACAGGAUAGCAGCAAAGCAUCUUCUGCAGGUGUUUUGUGAUUCACCCUUUCAGGCUCGAACAACUUUGUUGCCUGAACUGUGGGACUAUUUAUUUCUCCCACAUCUGUCACAUUUGAAAGCUUGGUAUGACGAGGAAGCUGAUUCACUGGCAGACACAUUAAGCAAGAGCAAGACAAGAAAGCUACAACUUCUCGAAAAAGUGUAUAAUGAAAUUCUGGAUACUAGCACUUACCAGUUUUCAGUUUACUACAAGGAUUGGCUUACAGAAGGAAUUGAAGCUCCUUCUCUUCCUUCUAUCCAGAUUCCUUCUAUAUCUUUUCAGGGAAGUCAGCAGGGAGGUCUGCAUGACCAUGCUUCGGAGAUGGGUAGUCCUGCAGGUCCUUUCUCACCUCAGCCAAUGGUAAGUAAAAAAUUAUAUGAUGCAGUAUUUGGCCGUUCAUGUAAACCCGGAGUUGAGGUGGAAGAUUACAAGGCAGAAAACUUUGAUAAUAGUGGAAGAAGCACUGAUGAUCCUGCUGUUGAAGAUAAACAGACAUUAACAUUCUCUACUGAAACAGUUAAACACACGGAGCAGGAUAUUGAACAUGACAGUGCAUUUCCUGUGGACAAUGAAAUAAUAGCUGAGCAAGCAAGGAGAUUGGAUGGAAGUUCAGAAAGCACACAUAUGUCACAUGUCCUUCGAGAUGAAAAAGAAAAUGAGCUUGCACUUAAGAAGAUAGCAAAAUCUGUCUUUGAAAUAAAACAAACUGAGGAAUUUGAUGAUCUCAUUGAUCCUACCCUUUUGCCACACCCUGAAGAUGUGGCGUACCCUCAUGGCUUGCCAACUAUAAUGAGGCCAUCCAUGGGAGAAUUGCAUGCAAACUUUAAUCACUUUGAUGGACCUGUCUUGCCCAUUAUCCUGAAGGAUUUUAUAUGCCCUUUGACUGGACUUCCUUUUGAAGAUCCUGUCACUUUAGAGACUGGCCAAACGUUUGAGCAAGCAGCUAUCACAGAAUGGUUUGACAAAGGAAAUAGGACAUGCCCAGUAACGGGCAUAAUGUUGGAAUGUUUAUCUAUUCCACUCACCAACUUCAUUUUGAAGCGUGUUAUGGAUAGCUGGAAGUCAGAAAGCUAUAGGAAUCUCUUGGCUUUUGCCUCUCGGGUACCAGGGAGCUCAGGGGAACAUAUGAAAUUCAAGGAAGAAGCAGAUGUUUUCAGAUUGGAGCAGCUUCUGAUUUCUUUAAGUACUGAGGAAAGGAUAAAAAAUGCCAAACAGCUUAUAUCUCUAGGAGGGCUGGAGUUCCUUACUGGAAAAAUACGUAGUGGAAACUUGGAAGAGAAGACGUGUGUGACUGCAUUGUUAGUCUUUUGUAUUGAAGCAGAUGCUGGAUGCAGAAAUCAUGUAGCUAAAAACAUUGAUAAACCAUGCCUUCUUGACCUGCUACACAGCAAGCAGGCAACGUCAAGAAGAAAUGCAGUGUUCCUGCUAAUUGAACUGAUUUGCCUUAACAGGAGGAAAGACAUAAAUUAUUUCUUAAAUGGCCUACAAAAUAAAGGGAUAGUGAACACAAUGCAUGUUUUGCUUGUCUAUCUCCAAAGUUGUCCUCCAGAGCACCGACCCCUCGUUGCUGUUCUCCUUUUACACUUGGAUCUUCUAGUAUGUCUGCAAAUUAAAUGUUUCUUAGGGUGUUUAUAUGAUCUUCAAUAG